GGCGACUGCUUCGCUGGCAGUUCCGCUGGUACUGUCAUCGACCCCAACACCGGUCUUCCCAUCCUGCCGGAGCAACUCUCACUCUCCACCGACAUGGCCAUCGUGGUGCGCGCCAUGCUGGCUCCCGACUCCGGUCUUGAGAUUCACGAUCGAACCUGGCUCAAGAUUACCAUCCCCAACGCCGUUAUUGUGCGGUUGAAGCUUCCAAGGUCCUCACACUUCUCAAACUACGGAACGCAUGACCUGUACUUGACCAUCUUUCCACCCAUCUGCGGAAAUUAG